AUGAGCAUCUAUUUGAGUCGAUCAUUUCAAAGAUCUAAUUCCAGUUUAUUCUUAUGUAGUGGAAAGGCCUUACAAUCUGAAGUUUUACGCUUAGGGGAAGAAAUGUUCUUGGUGGAUGCAGGACCUGGGACCCCCAGAAUUUGUAUGCAAGAUGAGCCUACAGGAGUGCCAAUCAACCGAGCCACCAGGUUUGAGAAUAAGGUGGGAUCCCUGGAUCUAGUGGCCGGUGAAUCACUGAUCAAAAAGAAGAUUUUGGAGAGAUUAUUCAUCGAUCUAGUGGCCGGCGAAUCACUGAUCAAAGAGCGAGCAGCCGCCAGGUUUAAUGAUUUGGUGGGAUCCACAGAUGUAGUGGCUGGUGAACCGCUUCUUCUUCCACGAAGAUUCAGACAAAACCUAGCUUGGAUGGAACUGAACAAGAUUUGGCGAAGGAAUACAAAGGUCAAAGGCUUUCUUCUUCAGAAAGUAAAAGGAGGUUAUUCAGUAGCCAUCGCGGGUUUCAUUACUUUUAUUUCAUUCCGUUCUCACAACAAAAGAAGAAGGAAAAAGAAAAAGAGAUUGAAUAAUCGAUUCACCAUUAAGAGCAUUCACCCCACAAGGAAAAAGACGAAUAUUGUGGUGUUCUAA